CCCCCAGAGGAGGGAAAGUUGGGACCUGGUGACGGACGCCCCCGGGCGCGGCUGGGAAGCUGCCGGGGAAAGUGAAGCCUGGAGGAGCUGGACUCGGUGAGGCUGGGGCAGGAAGAGCUUCUCUCGCUCCUGCGAAGUCUACACCAUCGUCCCGCUCCCAAACCCGGGAGGAUCCGGCUUAGCCUCGCCAGCAGCGUCGGGACCUGGUGGCUUUCUGUCUGCUCACUUCACGCUGUAGCUGGUAUCUGCCUAAACUGGAGCUGAUGCUGUAGACAUUUCUUUGUGGUUUCUCUAAAAACCUAAGCUUAACUAUAUCAUGCCUGCCUGAGAAGCUGUCCUGGGAGUGGGCUCAGGGUCUUUUGAGCAGGAAGUCCUGGGUUUCCAGGAAAAGAAUAUUUGAGGUUCAUUCAUAAAGAAAGAAAAGAAAGCAAGGACAUAAUGCGUAGAAUUGGAGCCAGUUAAACUAGUAAGAAUAUAAGUUAAGUAAUGAGAGGCAAGAAAGAAAGGACAAUCAUCUUGGAAAGAUCACAAGCACUUUGAAAUUUUGAAGGAAUGUAAUACUAGCUGCUAAAAUCACCAGAAUGGAUGAAGUUCUUCAAAUUUAAAUGAUUGAUCAUACUUAGAAGAGCUGCUGUAAUAACAUAGGGGAGGUGAAAACUAACAGAUGAAAGUUUUGCCAUGCACUGAAAGAAAAGCAUUGUCUGUGAAGUUCUAUUUUUAAAAAUGUCUGCUUGUAACACCUUCACUGAACACGUUUGGAAGCCUGGUGAAUGCAAGAAUUGCUUUAAACCUAAAAGCUUACACCAACUCCCUCCAGACUCUGAGAAGGCAUCCACCACCCAUGGCAAUGUGAAAACUAAUGCCAAUCACAGUAAUAACCACCGUGUCAGGAACACCGGAAAUUUCCGGCCUCCUGUGGCUAAAAAACCCACUAUAGCUGUGAAGCCCACUAUGAUGGUGGCAGAUGGGCAGAGUGUAUGUGCUGAGCUUAGCAUCCAAGAACACUGUGAGAACAAACCUGUCAUUGUAGGGUGGAACCGAAACAGGACUGCCUUGAGUCAGAAACCACUUAACAAUAAUAAUGAAGAUGAGAUUGAAGGAUUUAGCCAUGUUCCUAAGCCUUAUGGCAACAAUGAUAGUGCAAAGAAGAUAUCAAAUAACAAUAAUGGGCUAACUGAAGUGUUAAAAGAGAUAGCAGGUUUGGACACCAACCCUCAGAUAAGAGGAAAUGAAACAAACUCCAGAGAAACAUUCUUAGGAAGAAUAAAUGAUUGCUACAAACGAUCAUUGGAAAGAAAGCUUCCUCCAAGUUGCAUGAUUGGUGGCAUCAAGGAUACUCAGGGCAAACAUGUUAGUUUGAGUGGGAGCACAGAAGUAAUCAGUAAUGAAGGGGGACGGUUCUGCUACCCAGAGUUCUCUAGUGGUGAGGAGAGUGAGGAAGAUGUACUUUUCAGUAACUUGGAAGAAGAACAUGAGAGCUGGGAUGAAAGCGAUGAAGAGCUACUGGCCAUGGAGAUUCGCAUGAGGGGUCAACCUCGCUUUGCUAACUUUAGAGCAAAUACUUUGUCUCCUGUUCGAUUCUUUGUGGACAAAAAAUGGAAUACCAUCCCCCUACGAAAUAAGUCACUCCAGAGAAUCUGUGCUGUAGACUAUGAUGACAGCUAUGAUGAAAUCCUGAACGGUUAUGAGGACAAUUCUGUGGUCUCCUAUGGACAAGGAAGCAUUCAGAGCAUGGUGUCAUCUGACUCCACAUCACCAGAUUCUUCUUUAACAGAAGAAUCACAUUCUGAGACAGCCAGUAGUUUAUCCCAGAAGAUUUGUAAUGGGGGGAUAUCUCCUAAUAACCCAGGAGAGUCUAAGGACAUGAAAGAAAUUGAACCCAAUAAUGAAAGCCUUCCUGGUAAUAAUCUGGAGAAGGAAUCAUUACAAGCUUCCAAAAGCUCAGUUAAAGUUCCAGAGACACACAAAGCAGUCCUUGCUCUCCGAUUAGAAGAGAAGGAUGGCAAGAUUGCUGUGCAAACUGAGAAGCAAGAAAGUAGAGCCUCUACAGAUAUUGCUGGACAAGCAGUAACCAUAAACCUCGUCCCUGUAGAGGAACAAGCAAAGCCCUACCGAGUUGUAAAUCUGGAACAGCCAUUGUGCAAGCCAUAUACUGUCGUGGAUGUGUCAGCAGCCAUGGCCAGUGAGCACCUUGAGGGCCCUGUUAAUAUCCCCAAGACAAAAAUCUCAUCUUCUACUCCAAACUCCCCAGUAUCUUCACCUGCAUUGACACCAGGACAGAUAAAUACCCAUUUCCAAAAAUCCAGUGCAAUCCGAUACCAGGAAGUGUGGACUUCCAGCACCAGUCCACGACAAAAGAUCCCUAAAGUAGAAUUAAUUACUGGUGGAACUGGACCAAAUAUCCUGCCAAGGAAAAAUUGUCACAAAUCCGCACCUACUUCACCCACAGCUACAAACAUUUCCUCUAAAACCAUCCCUGUUAAGUCACCUAAUUUGUCUGAAAUAAAAUUUAAUAGUUACAACAAUGCUGGUAUGCCACCUUUUCCAAUUAUCAUUCAUGAUGAGCCAACGUAUGCUCGGAGUUCCAAAAAUGCUAUUAAAGUUCCCAUUGUUAUUAAUCCAAAUGCAUAUGACAAUCUAGCCAUCUACAAAAGUUUUUUGGGAACAAGUGGAGAACUCUCAGUGAAGGAAAAAACCACAAGUGUAAUAAGCCAUACUUAUGAAGAAAUAGAAAGUGAAAACAAAGUGUCUGAUGCCACUAGCAAACCCACUGAAUGUCCCCAAGCCAAAGGGUUUUCAAACAGCACAGAGCGUAAAAGGGGCUCCGUGGCUCAGAAGGUUCAGGAGUUUAACAACUGUCUCAACAGAGGUCAGUCUUCCCCACAGAGAAGUUAUAGUUCCAGUCACAGCUCCCCAGCAAAAAUCCAGAGAACCACUCAAGAGCCUGUGGCCAAAACAGAAGGCACACAGGAGCCUCAGCUGGUGGACAGCAGUGGCAGCAGCAGGGAGAAAGCAAGCAUAGUGCUUUCUCAGAUUGUGGCUGCUAUCCAGCCCCCCCAGUCUCCUCCAGAAACACCUCAGUCUGGCCCUAAGGCCUGCAGUGUGGAAGAGCUUUACGCCAUUCCUCCAGAUGCUGAUGCUGUGAAGAGUCCACCUAAGGGUACACCAGUCCGACCCAAGUCACUCUUCACAUCUCAACUUAGUGGUGAGGCUGAAGCACCUUCGACCGCAGAAAGUCCUACCAAUAAAGUACAGAAAGACCCAUUCUCAAAGCCAGUUGCCUCCCCUCCUUCCAAAUUAGUGAGCAACCCCCAAAGUGAGCCACCACCUCCCUUUCCCCCGCCUCGCUCUACUUCUUCCCCUUACCAUGCAAGUAACCUUUUACAGAGACAUUUUACCAACUGGGCCAAACCAACCAGCCCUACCAGAUCAACGGAAGCUGAAUCAGUUUUGCACUCUGAAGGUAGCAGGCGGGCAGCUGAUGCAAAGCCUAAACGCUGGAUCUCAUUUAAAAGCUUCUUCCGCCGUAGGAAAACAGAUGAGGAAGAUGACAAAGAGAAAGAACGAGAGAAAGGGAAACUGGUAGGUCUGGAUGGCACAGUUAUCCACAUGCUGCCUCCUCCUCCAGUGCAGCGCCAUCACUGGUUCACAGAGGCAAAAGGAGAGUCCAGUGAGAAGCCAGCCAUUGUCUUCAUGUAUAGAUGUGACCCUGCCCAGGACCAGCUCAAUGUGGAUCAGAGUAAGGCCAGGGCUGACCGGGCAGCAAUCACCGAAAAGGGUACAACAGAGGAUGCAUUACUGCGGGACUCAGAAAAGAAGAAGAGUAGUCAUUCUUCUCCGUCACAGAUUCCUGAGAAAGUUCACAGUCACGUGACCCAUGAAGUGACAGAAGAAUUUUCUCCACGGGAUCCAAGAACUGUUGUUGUCAAACAAGAUGUCGGGGGCCGCAUCUCAGUCACAGCAGCACUGCCCACCCCUGACCUGGAAAGGGAAGAGGAAAAAGAAGACACUUCAGAUCCUAUGGACCUGAACCCUUGUAGUGCAACAUACAGCAACUUAGGGCAAUCUAGAGCAGCCAUGAUACCUCCCAAGCAUCCUCGGCAGCCCAAGGGAGCUUUGGAUGAUGCCAUUUCCUUUGGAGGGAAAACAGACCCAGAAGCACCAAAUGCUUCCCAACCCACACCACCCCCACUGCCAAAGAAAAUGAUCAUAAGAGCUAAUACAGAGCCAAUCUCCAAAGACAUCCAGAAAUCCAUGGAAAGUAGUCUUUGUGUCAUGGCCAAUCCCACCUAUGAUAUUGACCCGAACUGGGAUGCUAGCAGUGCUGGUUCCUCCAUCAGCUAUGAACUCAAAGGACUGGACAUUGAGUCUUAUGACUCCUUGGAGAGGCCUCUGCACAAGGAGCGACCUGUCCCUUCCGCAGCAAACAGCAUUUCCAGCUUAACCACUCUCAGUAUUAAGGACAGAUUUUCCAACAGCAUGGAGUCCCUGUCCAGCCGACGUGGUCCCUCUUGCAGACAGAGUCGAGGCAUGCAGAAGCCACAGAGACAAGCACUUUAUCGAGGACUUGAAAAUCGGGAGGAAGUAGUGGGUAAAAUUCGAAGCCUUCAUACAGAUGCCUUGAAGAAACUGGCUAUUAAAUGUGAAGACCUCUUUAUGGCUGGACAGAAAGACCAGCUCCGUUUUGGGGUGGACAGCUGGUCAGACUUUAGGCUAACCAGUGACAAGCCAUGUUGUGAAGCAGGUGAUGCAGUUUACUACACUGCCUCCUAUGCAAAAGAUCCACUUAGUAACUAUGCAGUUAAGAUCUGUAAGAGCAAAGCUAAAGAAUCUCAGCAGUAUUAUCAUAGCUUGGCUGUCCGGCAGAGUCUGGCUGUUCAUUUUAACAUCCAGCAGGACUGUGGGCAUUUCCUUGCUGAAGUCCCCAAUCGUCUGCUUCCCUGGGAGGAUCCUGAUGCUCCUGAAAAGGCAGAGGAUGAAUUGGAAGACAGCGAAGAAGAAGUGAAGGGAGAAACUAAUGGAAAAAACCCAGAGGCCUGCUCUGAAGCGGAGUCAUCUCAGAAAGACAGCCAGGGAGUCACAAGCAGGAAGCAGAGAAGCCAUGUUGUGGUCAUCACCAGAGAGGUUCCCCAUCUCACUGUGGCCGAUUUUGUGAGAGAUUCUCUGGCCCAUCAUGGGAAAAGCCCUGACUUGUAUGAGAGGCAAGUGUGUCUGCUGCUCUUACAGCUGUGCUCUGGCCUUGAGCACCUCAAGCCCUACCAUGUCACUCACUGCGACCUACGCCUAGAGAAUCUACUGCUUGUCCACCACCAGCCUGGCGGAGCCACCCAGAGCCUUGGGCCUGCAGAGCCCAGCCCCACCUCAUCUUGUCCCAUGAGGCUUAUUGUGAGCAACUUCUCUCAGGCCAAGCAGAAGAGCCAUCUGGUGGACCCUGAGAUCCUCCGGGACCAGUCCCGCCUUGCCCCCGAGAUUAUAACAGCCACCCAGUAUAAAAAGUGUGAUGAGUUCCAGACAGGCAUCCUCAUCUAUGAGAUGCUGCACCUGCCCAACCCCUUUGAUGAGAACCCAGAGCUAAAGGAGAGGGAGUACACCCACGCAGACCUGCCUCGCAUCCCUCUCCGCUCCCCCUACUCCCGGGGCCUACAGCAGCUGGCCAGCUGCCUCCUGAAUCCCAACCCUUCUGAGCGCAUCCUCAUUUCCGACGCCAAAGGCAUCCUCCAGUGUCUGCUCUGGGGCCCCCGCGAAGAUCUCUUCCAGACAUUCACUGCCUCUCCAAGCCUAGCACAGAGGAACACCCUGCUCCAAAACUGGCUGGACAUCAAGCGAACGCUGCUGAUGAUCAAAUUUGCUGAGAAGGCCCUGGAUAGGGAGGCAGGGAUCAGCCUUGAGGACUGGCUUUGUGCUCAGUAUCUGGCCUUUGCCACUACAGACUCCCUCAGUUGUAUUGUGAAAAUCCUGCAACACCGUUAAUGUGGCCUGGAUGCUGCUUUUACUACAUUUCCGUGUUCUUCAUGAUUCCCCCAGUGCUGCCCUAUUAUACAGUUCAAAGAAAACAGAGAGACAAACCUUCCAUCCCUGUCCAUAAACAGAUGGGUCCAUCAGAAGGCUAUCACAACUCCAGAUCAAGUGACAAGCGGGGUCUGUUUUCACUUUGCAAAAUUCAACUGCACAAACAUGCAGUUUCCUUCCCUUGGAACAUCUUUCAUCCCAGUAGUCCCCCAAAUGCAGGUAAAAAAUGAAAAUGCACCUCUUUGAAGGGACAACUCCUGUGGUGUGAACUCAAUGAACUGUGGCCAGCUCCUCCAUAAUUCUGAAGAUCACCUGUCUUUCUAUAAACAAGUAUUUAUUCUCACUAGCAAUAGUCAGAUGUAACCAACCUCUGCCAUCAUCCCGUAAAUCUUACAACAGACUCCUUCUUCCUUUAGGUUAUCAAUAACUGAGCCUUUGCCAGGCAGACUUGCAUCCUUAGCAUGAGUCCAGUUUUGGUUACCAGGGACUAUAUCUUUGUUCCAGCAGACAGUAGAAAGAAAAAGAGCAAUCCCUACACUUUAGGUCACAGACCCAUUUUCAUUUCUAUUAUCAAUAAGUGUGUGCACUGCACGGAGGACAGCUCUAAUAGCCUCCCCUCUGCUGCCACUGCCUGGUUCUCCUUCACCUCUGCUCAGUCCCCACUUGUCGAUGAAGUUGGUGUUUAUCAGCCACUUGCAGCCCAUUACAGAGCUGACCCAAGGUGAUGUCACCAGUGCCUCAGCGAGGUGGAGCACAGUUCAGAGCUUAUAAAUAGCUGGCAGGACAUGAGGAGAUGAUUUUCUUGCAUGUGCAAUUCUCUAGGGGCCACCAGGGAACAGAGUUUAAAGUACUAUUCUUUGAUUACUGUCAGAGCUGUCAGCGUUGGCAGCCAGGGCUGGCAGUGUCUGAUCAGAGUUUCCCCCGAGCAGUAAUUGGCCAGCUUCCUUCUAUCAGUAGCCAGUGUUAACUAGUCGACCAAAUGCUGUAGACAACAGCCCUGAAUGAAACGGCUGUCAGCUUAGCUCUAAGAUCUGCUUAGAUGGCACUGUGAAGCUGGCUACUUGGAUAGCCAGAAGGCAGGGGACAGGGACAAGGCCACUGAUGAGACGCUGACCCUACCAGAGAGACCUCCUCUGGUAUAAGUGGCACAUUGCUCCUAGGACUCUCAAAUGGCUCUGGAAGACAGCUCACAUGAAGGCUGACUACUGAGGCUGUGGCUGAUAGCGGCUGGGCUCCCUGCCUGCCAUGCUCCUCUCCCGUGGAUGUAUGUGCAAUCUUUGUAUCUAUUUUUUAGCUGUAUAUUACAUUGUCUAUGUUGCAACCUCACCUGAAGCGCGAUCUACAGAAACCUUCCCCUUCUUCUCUCUGCACAUAUUUGCGCUAAGACAAGUGUUCCUUUCACCUGAGUGUGUGUAUGUGUGUGUGUGUGCUUGUUGUAUACAGAACUGUGAGUAUUUGUUUACUUCAACCUUGAAAUCCCAAGAGUCACUCAAACGGCAUGAGUGUGUGUACAAGUGUGUGCUUCUGUGUGUGUGCACACACAUGCUGGAAAUAGAAGACAGGCCAGCCUGUGCAGCAGGGUUGACAGUAGUGUUCUCUGCACCUAGGUGGCAAGGAAGCCUGGGGCCCUUAUCCACCAGCACAGAAUUUUCUUAAAGCCGAGACUGAUUGUGCAGUAUUACUUAGAUGGCAUAUUAGUGGCCUUGGAAAUUGCUAAACUUUAAACAUUUGUAAUAGCCUUUCAAGUGAUUCACCUGUAUCAAAGAGGAUCAAGAAAGCAGAAGAAUGUAUUUUAUUGUGCUUUUUUUUUUUUUUUAAGAGAAUGACAUGUGAGGCUCCACAUGAGGAUGUCCUUGUCCUCCCAGCCAGUAGUAUAGGACUCCCAGGAAAGAGGCUGGUGGGCCCACAGAAGAGUCUUGCCUAGGAAUGGCCAUGGAGUGGGCAUGCCGCUGCAGGCCAGCAGUCCACUUCCUCAGUGUCCUGUGGCAUGGCUGCACCUUGCCUGGCAGGCUUGUGUUUGGUUCCUCUUAGCAUAGCCCAUGUGCACAUAACUCCUUGCCUAAUUAUGCACUGAACUGGCAGCACAGACCACUGCCCAUGUCAGCCAGCACAUUCCUGCAACCCGCGCCCCCCUCCCCCAACAGUUUGCAAAUUGAGACAUACUUUCUCAAUGUCACUCUCCUGGUGCCUUGCCCAUGUAAAUUUGAAUGUUGACUAUUUAAUGAGGUUACAUAUUUAAUGCAGAAUGUUCCCUGGUCCCUCUGUUUGUUCUGUCUCUGGGUAUCUUCCCCCCCCACCACCACCAAUCUGUUAUGACUGUGUUCAGCCUUCUCUUUCAUUCCACAGUAGAACAAGCACGGACACCUCACUACCACGGUCUUAGAGCACUGGUGACUGAGCACCUCUUCAUACUGCACAUAGUUAGUACUAUUUCUACAUCCAUGUUUGUGAAGGGCAAAAGAGGAAUGCCAGCUAGUCAGAGAAGGGCCUCAGGCUUCCCAGAGACAGGUGGCUACAUUAAUUUUCUCUGGGUGAUGGCCAAAGAAUGUGAGGGGGAGGGAAAGAGGGUGUUACAGGUCAGAACAGAAUAGAGAAAAGAACUGCAUUUCUAGGUAAGCUGUACAGCAGAUGGUCCUCAGAAUAUUUUUCUGAAAUAAUUAAAUUCAGUCAUUCUAACAUUAUCAUAAAUAUUUUACAUUUUCAUUUUAAUUGUGGUAGGAACUUUUAAUUAAUUCAUCCACUGAAAAGAAAUCCUACCCUCUGUAGAACCAACUACACACACAUUUAAUAUAUAUAUAAUAUAUUACAUAUUAUAUAACAUAUAAUAUAUGUUAUAUAUAUAUAUAUGACUUUUGGAUUGUGACUAGUAUAGCACUUUAAGUUUUCUCAAGUAACAUCAAGUUAUUGUCUUCAAUAUUGAUUGGAAAUCUUUUUCUUUUCUAUUGAAGUCUUCAGUAUAGAUCCUUCUGUUUAUGUUGAGAGUUUGAACAAUUAAGCCCAUAUUGGAAUUUUUCCUUAAGCCACAUGAGCAUGAGCAAUCUCUGACACAUUUGGGUGCUAGAGAGAGGCCAGUGGCUAGAGCAACCAAGAACAAGAAUGAAUGUAUCUCAGAGUGCCUUGCUGGAGUGGUAACCUUGUCUUGAAAGGAAGAGGGUCCAGGGUGUUCCACAGAAAGAGUGAGGACUGUGAAAUCCUCCUGUGCCCAUGGAGGAGAGUCCUUUUGAUAUGUGCACACUAAUAUGAAGCACAGAAGCUAAUCAGGAAGAAUGACAGCAGGAUGAGAAAAAGAGCAAUUAUGAACCUGUAGAUCAACAAUAUGAGAAUCACAAAUGAGGUCCACCAACCCUAAGGCUGAGUUAGGACUGGAAGCCAGUGGCAUAGCAGUGAGUUUCGGGAUUUGCCCUCAGAAGGUGGACUGGGUGAAUGGAGGGGCACAAACAUCCCUCCUACCUGACUACUGAUGUUGAUGGACGGAAAAGAAACACACCAGGGUUUAGAGUCAGAGCAUCUCCAUUGCCAGAUUAGGCCCGUCUACUUCCAAACGUAAUAAAUACAUCUGUGAACACAGAAAUCUCUAAGCCAAGAAGUCUCAACCUGAGGAAUGUUAAUGAUAUUUCUGGGAACUACCAAAAAUUGUAUUUUAAAUUUUCUAAUAUUAUAAAAUUUUCAUGAGAGACCUUUGGGGCCCACUAGAUAGUAGGACCCAACAUUAUCAUAAAUAUUUUUGAUAAUAUUUAUCACCCUGCUCUCCAAAUUUGAGCUGUAACUACUUUGGAACUGGGAAGUAACCUGACAUUUAAUUUUGCCGGUAAAAAGCAAUUAGGAUUCUCCCCUGCCCUUUAUCAGCAGUGAUCUGGAAAAAAAAUACAGACUAGUCCCAGAAAUUUGGAUGGAUUUAGGAUCCCACACUGUAUUUCCAGUUAUUUAGAUGUAUAAGCAUGAACAUACUUGGAGAGGGGACAAGCGGAACUUGACUCCCUGGGCCAACACUGGCAUUGCUUUUCAUCCCCUCACUAGUGGAUAAGGAUUGAAGAUUCUGCCCGGUCGAAUCAGUGAACAGAAUGGCUACCUGCAAAACUUCAUUGGAGCUCAUAUACUCAAAGGCCCAAAGCUCUGUGCUGAGACAAACCCAAGAGCUGCUCUUACUGGAGAGUGCACUGAAGUCCAGCUGUCCGUGCUCACAGCAACAUCGCAGGUGGGGACUCCACGGACCAAAAACGAUGCCCUGGGGAAGUCAGAAGAGGCACAAUACAAGAUCCUAGACAGAUUAUACCAAAGAAAUCAAGCUUUUUUAUCCCAAUGCUUCUCCAAUGAGGAGGCUGAGGUAUGACAGAUGCCAGGGGAGGGAAAUUCACACACAUUCCAUGUUAGGGUAUUCAGCUGAUAAAUCCAUCCUUUAAAAAGCACCUACUUUUUUAAGCAGUCCAUUUUGUAUAUUAGAAGAAGAUGAUGAUGAAGAUGGUAGAAUCCUGGAGCAGACAGUGAAGUCCCUGGUAUCUAGGCAGAAGGUCUUUCAGCCCUGUAGCAUGGCUGUGGCUGUUGUCCAGACCUCAGUGUGGGAACUUCAUAUAAUGCUGAGAGCUGACGUUUAGGGGUUUGGGGGGGUUGUUUGUUUGUUUAAAGAGAGUAUAGUUUCAAUAGGUUUAAGAACUCUUGAGAAAUUUCUUAACAUAUUGUACCAUUUUUAUAAACCUUCCUGCAGAGGUGUUUACCAUUCAGCAUCACCAUCAUUUAGUAUUUAUAAGUGCCCAGACUGUACAAGGUGCUAUACAGCUGUUACACACUCCCUCUCUGCAGCUGUUUGAAAUUAGAAUAGAUGUUGCAUCAGCCACUGCUGGAAGCUUUGCCUGCCUAGGUGGGCCGCAGGGGCCUGCAUUCCAACAGCCCUCCCACACUUCAGCGCUGAGAGCCUCUUAGUCCCUUCCUGAUCACCUCACCCAUCCCACCCGUCCCCAUGGAUUUUUUUAAUCAAGGAAGUUUCAGGGAAUCAAAAGAAGUCAGAAAAUUUUUUAACCUAGCAGAACUACAGAGCUAUAUAUUUUGCUAUGAAUAUUAUUGUAGUACAGAAAAUCCCCUUUGCCGUUAGUGUGUGCUAUAGCGCGUGUGCGCACUCUGGAUAACUUGAAUGUUGGACCAGCCCUGUGGCUUCAGGGUUGUGUUGCUGAAAGGUGAAACCACACUGCACCAGGAAGCCUGCUCAGAUACUACCUGGUUAUCCCUUCCCUACCAGUUCUCUAGAGGAUUGUGUGUGAAUACACUGGGCUGGGAUUUUCUGUUGAUGAUAUGUAGGGCAUUUUGGCAUGAGAUGAAGGCAGAAGCAAGAUGUCAUCCAUCUCACUGAUUUGAAUCAUGACGGUCCUCAUUCCGAUCUCUCUUUAAUUCUCCAUGGCAUUACCCACACUCUAUAUUUGAAAAUCUUGUUUCUUUUACUCUUUGUAGAGCUUAAUCUUCCUACUUUCAUAUUUUAGAGUUGUAUUAAUCAUAACAGGUCCCCUUGGCCAGGCGCCGACCUUUGGUUUGCUGUGGUACUUUGCUGUGUACUCUGUGGCAUCAUGUUACUGUGUAAAUAAAUUCAUUUUAAUAUACAUUAAAA